CAAUGCCCCCACCCACCCAAACAUCCAGUCUGACUGGAGAAAGCCGGAUGCCCGCUGACCCUGGGCCGGAGGCGGGCAGUGGCUGGCCAGGCCUCCUCAUGUCCUGCCUGAAGGGCCCCCAUGUCAUCCUCAAGAUGGAGGCCAUGAAGAUCGUCCACCCUGAAAAGUUCCCCGAACUACCAGCGGCUGCCCCCUGCUUCCCAUCCGCCCCCCGGCCCACCCCCACUCUGGCACCCAAGCGUGCCUGGCCCUCAGACACAGAGAUCAUUGUCAACCAGGCAUGUGGGGGAGAAAUGCCUACCUUGGAAGGGGCACCCCACACCCCACCCCUGCCACGGAGGCCCCGGAAGGGCAGCGCAGAGCUGGGCUUCCCCCGCGUGGCGCCAGCGGACGAGGUCAUCGUCAAUCAGUACGUGAUUCGGCCUGGCCCCGCUGCCUCCGCGGCUCCUUCGGUGGCGGCAGCAGGCGGUGAGCCCCUGGAAUGCCCCACCUGUGGGCACACGUACAACGUCACCCAGCGGCGUCCCCGCGUGCUGUCUUGCCUGCACUCUGUGUGUGAGCAGUGCCUGCAGAUUCUCUAUGAGUCUUGCCCCAAGUACAAGUUCAUCUCCUGUCCCACCUGCCGCCGUGAGACUGUGCUCUUCACCGACUACGGCCUGGCCGCACUGGCUGUCAACACGUCCAUCUUGAGCCGCCUGCCGCCUGAGGCCCUGACAGCCCCCAGCGGAGGUCAGUGGGGGGGCGAGCCUGAGGGCAGCUGCUAUCAGACCUUCCGGCAGUACUGUGGGGCGGCGUGCACCUGCCACGUGCGGAACCCGCUGUCGGCCUGCUCCAUCAUGUAGCGCCCACCCCCCCACCGCUGCCCGCUGGUCCUUGCUCGCCACUCCUUCGGGGACCUGGCCCUGCCCCACCACCCGCUGACCCUUCCUCGCCCACCGUGGCUUCUGGCCACACCCUGCGUGGCAUUGUCGCUGCAGCCAACUUUGCCAUUAAAACUCUGCCAAAGUUUGCACCUGU